UCUCUCUCUCUCUCUCUCUCCCAUUUCGCUGCUUUGUUUUCAUUGUCGCUCUUGUGAUCAUGGCUGCUCACUCCACCGAAGAACCGUUCCCCUUCCACGGUCUGCUCCCCAAAAAAGAAACCGGCGCAACGUCUUAUCUCACCAGGUUCCCCGAGUACGAUGGCCGAGGAGUGCUCAUCGCGAUCCUCGACACCGGCGUGGAUCCCGGGGCCCCCGGCAUGCAGGUCACACCUGAGGGGAAGCCAAAGAUCAUCGACAUCAUCGAUACAACAGGCAGCGGUGACGUGAACAUGACCACAGUGGCAGAGCCUAAAGAUGGGACAAUCACUGGCCUUUCUGGUAGAACGCUUAAGAUUCCUCCUGCCUGGGUCAAUCCAUCAGGGAAGUUUCGCAUUGGAGUUAAAAAUGGCUAUGAGUUCUUCCCUAAGGCUCUCAAAGAAAGAAUACAGAAAGAGCGUAAGGAGAAGAUGUGGGACCCACCACACAGAUCAGCACUUGCUGAGGUCUCUCGCAAGACGGAAGAGUUUGACCUCUCUCACCCAACACCCUCACAGAUGGAGAAGUUGCAGAAAGAAGAGCUGCAGAGUCAGUCAGAGCUGCUGGCAUCACUAGAAAAGAAGUACAGCGAUCCCGGUCCUGUAUAUGACUGUGUGCUUUGGCACGAUGGAGUCACAUGGAGGGCUGUAGUUGACACUUCAGAGUGUGGAGAGCUGUCCCAGUGCACUGUGCUGUGCUCUUACAGAGAGACGCAAGAGUAUGCCACGUUAGGAAUUGCUGAGAUGCUUAACUACUCUGUCAAUAUUUAUGAUGAGGGAAACACACUCUGCAUCGUCACCAGUGGAGGGGCUCAUGGGACACAUGUUGCAAGCAUUGCAGCGGGUUACUUCCCAGAGGAACCUGAGCGCAACGGUGUGGCCCCCGGUGCCCAAAUCCUCGCUCUGAAGAUUGGAGACACCCGACUUAGCACCAUGGAAACUGGCACAGGACUCAUCCGUGCGAUGAUUGAAGUCAUCAACUACAAGUGUGACCUGGUUAACUAUAGCUAUGGGGAAGCAACCCACUGGCCCAAUUCGGGGAGGAUUUGUGAGGUGAUCACAGAGGCAGUGCAGAAGCAUAACGUGAUGUUUGUUUCGAGUGCGGGAAACAAUGGCCCGUGUCUCUCCACGGUCGGCUGCCCGGGGGGAACCACCGGCAGUGUCAUAGGAGUUGGAGCAUAUGUGACUCCAGACAUGAUGGUGGCAGAGUAUUCCCUGAGGGAGAAACUGCCUCCCAACCAGUACACCUGGUCGUCCAGGGGCCCCAGUACAGACGGGGCUCUGGGGGUCAGCAUCAGUGCCCCUGGCGGCGCCAUUGCAUCUGUACCCAACUGGACUCUCCGUGGUACCCAGCUGAUGAACGGCACAUCCAUGUCAUCUCCUAAUGCCUGUGGAGGCAUCGCACUAAUCCUCUCAGGACUGAAGCAGAACGGCAUUGUUCCCUCUGUUCCUGCGGUGAGGAGAGCGCUAGAAAACACAGCUCUGAAGGUUGACGACAUUGAGGUGUUUGCACAGGGCCAUGGAAUUAUACAGGUGGACAAGGCAUUAGACUACCUCACUCAACACGCCUCUUUACCCACAAGCCACCUAGGCUUCUCAGUAAGUGUGGGAGCACAAAGAGGUAUCUACCUCAGGGACCCAGCCCAGAUUCUUGCACCCUCAGAUCAUGGAGUCGGAAUUGAACCCAUCUUCCCAGAGAACACAGAAAACUCUGAGCGAAUCUCCUUGCAGCUACACUUGGCACUCACAUGUGCUGCCCCAUGGGUCCAGUGCCCCUCCCAUCUAGAGCUGAUGAACCAGUGUCGCCAUGUCAACGUCCGCAUCGAUCCUGUGGGACUGAGAGAGGGAGUGCACUACACGGAGGUAUGUGGGUAUGAUACAGCAGCACCUACCUGUGGCCCCCUAUUCAGAGUUCCAAUCACAGUUAUUAUCCCAGCCAAAGUGACAGAUAGUCGUAAUCAGGAGAUGUGUUUCACAGAUGUCCACUUCAGACCAGGCCAGAUCAGACGCCACUUCAUCGCUGUUCCUCAGGGAGCCUCCUGGGCAGAGAUCACACUGACCUCUCAUUCGGGUGAUGUGUCGUCAAAGUUUGUUCUCCAUGCGGUUCACUUGGUCAAGCAGAAAGCGUACAGAGCUAAUGAAUUCUACAAGUUCUCUUCGCUGUUGGAAAGAGGCUCAUUAACUGAGGCUUUCCCUGUGCUGUCAGGAAGAGUAGUAGAGUUGUGCAUUGCACGCUGGUGGGCGAGCCUGGGCGACGUCACUGUGGACUACAGCAUCUCGUUCCAUGGACUACACACUUCUCCUUCACCCCUGCACAUACAUGCCUCGGAGGGAGUGACGAGCUUUGAUGUUUCGUCGCCUCUGAGGUACGAGGAGGUGUCCCCCACUAUCACCCUCAAGUCUUGGGUUCAGCCUCUCAGGCCUUUAAGUUCAAAGAUAAAAGCCCUGGGAAUGAGGGACGUUCUGCCUAACAACAGACAACUCUAUGAGAUUGUGCUCACCUACAGCUUUCACCAGCCUAAGAGUGGGGAGGUUACCCCCAGCUGUCCAUUGCUGUGUGAGCUGCUCUAUGAGUCAGAGUUUGACAGUCAGCUCUGGAUGCUGUUUGAUCAGAACAAGAGAUUACUGGGCUCCGGGGACGCCUACCCACACCAGUAUUCUCUGAAGCUGGAAAAGGGGGACUACACUGUGCGUCUGCAGGUCCGCCACGAGCAGUCUAGCGAGCUGGAGCGCCUUAAGGACCUGCCGUUUGUGGUUUCUCACCGUCUGUCCACCACACUCAGUCUAGAUGUCUUUGAGACACACCGUGCUGCCCUCAUGGCCAAGAAGAAGGCAAACUCUGUUACCUUGUGCCCGGGUGCCACACAGCCAUUCUAUGUCACUGCUUUGCCUGACGACAAGAUCCCAAAGGGAACGAGUCCAGGAUGCUAUCUCUCUGGCUCCCUGGUUGUCCCCAAGAGCGAGUAUGGCAAGAAAGCAGGGCAGGCCUCUGCAAAACGACAAGGAAAAUUUAAAAAGGAUAUUGUUCCAGUCAUCUACCACCUAAUUCCUGCUCCCAACAAAACAAAGAACGGAGGGAAAGAGAAGGACAAGGAAGGAGACAAAGAGAAAGACGUGAAGGAGGAGUUUGCAGAAGCUAUGAGAGACUUAAAGAUUCAGUGGAUGACAAAGUUGGACUCCAGCUCCAUUUAUGAUGAACUGAGGGAAAACUACUCGGAUUACCUUCCCCUGCACGUGCAAAGACUGCACCAGCUGGACUCUGAAAAGGAGCGUGUAAAACGUCUCAGAGAGGUGUUAUCAGCGGCUGACAUUGUCAUCUCCAGCAUCGACCAGACGGCUUUGGCUGUUUAUCUCACCAUGAAGACAGACCCUCGGCCUGAUGCUGCUUCCAUCAAGACUGACAUGGAAAAGCAGAAGUCGUCCCUGCUGGACGCUCUGUGUAGGAAGGGCUGCGCUCUGGCAGACCAGCUCCUGCUGCCCCCUGCGCCGCAGGACGGCGCCAUUGCUGUCACCACGGGACAAACGGCAGCAGAGGAGGUUGUGGAACAGGUGGCCAGCAGUUCUGACGACACCCUGCAGAACGUGGCUAAAGCUCUCAUGGAUACAUUUUGGGAGGUGCAGAAGUGGGCGGAGCUAACUGACUCCAAGGUGUUGAUGUUUUCAUACAAACACGCUCUUGUGAACAAGAUGUAUGGCCGAGCCUUAAAAUACGCCUCAAAGAUGUUGGAGGAGAAGCCCAGCAAAGAGAACAUGAGGAACUGCAUCCAGCUCAUGCGCCACCUUCGAUGGACACACUGCGCCACCUUCAGCGAGAACUGGCUCCCUGUCAUGUACCCCGCAGACUACACGCCAUUCUAAGAGCACACACACACACACACACACACACACACACACCCGCAUGAGCAGCAUGGCCAAACACGGCCCAUUACAUGGUUACUUCGAUAUCAUGUCCCUCAGGGUCCCAUGGUCUAUGCAUCUGGUUUUUCAAAAUACCAAAAUGAAGGACAACGCUGAGUGUAAAUGGUGUGAUGUCUUUGACACUUCUUAUAAGGCAAAUCCUGUCUUUAAAUGUGUUGUUGAACAUCACAUUUAUGCUCAAAGUCUUGCCACGGCUUGUUGAUACUGUAGCUCAAUGCUUUCUUUGCUGGGCGUUGUCCUUUCUUUUGGUGUCAUCUUUGAAGGCUUUCACAUGCACCCAUUCUCAGCUGUCCGGACUCCAUAUCAUACAAAAAAAACUAAUUGUUUUGUGUAAAUACAGUAGAAGGGCCAGUGUGGACUCCAGGGAUGCAUCCCAAGUCCCAAAAAAAAAAAAAAAAAAAAAACCCUGUUCCCCCAUCUACUCACUUUCAAAAAAUCGACAGCAGGAAAAAAAACUGGCCAUCAUGAUACUUCAGUGAGAAGACAGGAGGACUUGCUGCUGCACAAUAUUCGGACAUAUGAGGGCACGCAGAGUCUGCCUGAUCCCUGAAUUGAAAGGGAGGCUUGGACAGAACUUAAUAUCUUUUUUUCUUUGUGUUUUGGUUGUUCGAGCCAGAGCGGGUUGAUAACGUUAACAUUUAGUCUCGUCUGUCUUUUUAGGCUCUGACUCAUGUGUACACAGUCUCAAAACACAAAACAGUGUUGAGGUGCCUUUCUACAUGUACCUUACCUUCUUCUGAUGGGAUUAUAGACCGUAAGCGGGUUUUGACCACCGGAAGUUGCAGAAUCAGUAGCUUCAGUCAACACUCAACCACUUGCAGUCAUUUCACCCAUCAGCCUUUUGGUGUCAAAUGUGGAUUUAUAGCUUGUAUCGGUAGUAUGAUGCUGUACUGUUCACUGUAUGCAGGCUGUCAGUGACUUGUCAGGUAAUAGGAAGCCACAAACACACUUUCUCGGCUUCUGCUUACGUCCAGAGGUGUUUGCCCACCCACUUCAUACUACUGUUUACCUGAGCGGCACAUUUGACGACCAUCUAACAGACCUCACUAACGUAACAGAUGCAGUUGUGGGCAGCGUUAGGAUGUUCAGAUCAGAUUUCAUUGUAAAAUGGUUACAGUGUUAGACAUUUUUCUGCAGCAUUCAAAAUGUUGCAUUUGUACACAGUGUCAUAAAAUAAUGUACAUACACAUAACAUAAAAAAUAUUAAGAUGCAAUAGGUAUAUAAUACAAAUAUUAUUCUAAUUGAUGUAUUUUGCAUAUAUGCAUGUCUUCUAGGAUGUAAGAGAAAAAAAAUAGUUUUAUUUGGAAGCAGAUUUUAGUUUGUUUCAAUUUGAAAGAUUUUUAAUCCCAAACAAGAUUCUGACGAUAUCCACUGUUAUUUUCAUGAGUGUGUGUCUGUGAAUGACUUUACGUGUAAUUGUGAGCAUAUUUGUGUACAUGCACAUUACUUCACAACCGAACUGAAAUUAUAGCCAUUUAAAGGGGGUUAAGCAUGAGUUGUUUUUUCCUUCACUUACCUUUACUGAAAGAAGGACCGUACUGUUUUUUUUUUUUUUUGUUUGUUUGUUUUUCGUUUCAUCGGAUUUACUACAAAUCAUAUAUAGUUCAUAUCACAGCUAACCAUUUGCAUAUUAUUUUGCAUUUUGUUAUUUUAAGCAAGGUAACCGUUGGUUUGAGUUGUAUAAAUCCAGACUGAACACCAGGUCUGCAUUAAAGGCCUGCAGCACCACAUUUAUCAAUCAUCUUUUUAUUGAGUGAUUGUGUCUUACAUAAACACUCUUUUGUCAUUAUUUCACAUGACAGGUUUGUUUGUGCUGUUUUUGUCUGUGCUUUUCUCACUGGUAUUAUGUGGUACAGGCAUAUAGAGAACCAAUCAGGAUUCAGCAAUAUUUCAUUCAAAACAUGGUCACAGCUUUGGUGUUAUAUGUUGUAUGUGUGUUGCCCCUGUCCGUUAAAUCUGAUCAAAUCACACCUACGCAGUCUUGAUGAAGCAGAUUAGCUGCAUUUUUAAAUGUUAAACUCUUUAAAAAAAAUUAAAAAAAAGUAACCAUGUUUUUGUUUUUUACAAACUUCUAAAGACUCAAAACCACGUUAGUCAUUGCAAUGCUUUACUAAAAAUGAAUGCAGACUUGAUGUUCACUGUGAUGGAUUAUAAAACUUAAAAGAGUACUUCACCGAUUUAGCUUUGGACUCCUGUUGAACUCACGAUGGAUCAUUGUUGAAAUGUGUCACCUAAAUUACCUACAAUGCAACUCGACCACUGACAGUUCAGAUUUGGGUGUGUUGCGCUAGUAGUGGCUACAGAGGUCUCACUUCUGUCUCACUCCCCCAGGUUUUUAAAUUUUAUCUUUUUUCAGCCCCAACCAACACUGACUCAAAGGACAUCACUUGAGUCAAUUUAUCAGAUUUUGGGCAGCUCCUUCUGGAGCCACAAAAUGUUAUAACUUUUUCACAUAUGCAGUAGUAGCUAAUCCACAAUACCUGUAAACAGACGAUGUGUAAAAUUGGUCGUGUUAACCCUUUUUGUUGUUGUUUUUUUUUUAAUGUCGUGGAAAUGAAUAGGAAACGUGUACAGUCAUUGCUUUCCAUUCAUUUGGUGAAAAUAUAAACUGCACCACAUGCAUUUGUAAUGGUCAGCAAAAAUGUCAGCUAUACAUAAUUUUAGUUGAGCUAAACUUUGCAAAAACACUCGUAUGGUCCUUUAAAAUAUCUCACCUGAAUCAUGUAACAAACAAGGACAUGUGGCUGUUUCUGUCAGUGCAUGAGAGGACCAUGUCAAAGACAUACAUAUUCACUUUUUACCUUUUAUAGUUGUGAUUCUCAACCUUUAUUGUUUACAGAUCUGUAAAACAAGAGGUGUGAUUUCCUGUCACAGCCUGUCGUAUCAACGUAACCAAAGACUGUUAAGUUGGUUUAAUUGUCAAAGGACAUAUGAAGGCUGAAAAUUAAGUAAAUUGAAUAGAAUAAUAUAUUGAAUAGAAUAAGGAAAUAGAUUCUCCCUCAAAUGAUCAAACCCCCCAGUCUGAGAACCACUGAUCAUCUUUCCUCUGUGUUGUUUUAAGUUCUCUCACGAGUGGAAGGUGCAUGCUUAAGAAUGUAAAAGCAGCUGCUUUCAAGCCGAAGCCUUUUUCGUCCUCAUGGGAGUAAAUAAUCUUUUCUGGGACGACCAUACAUACACAACGAAUCAGUGGUCACAACUCAUGUUUACCCCGGGGUAAGAACACCUUGCGGUUCUGUUUUUAGCCUUGUAUGCACUUACUGCAGCGGCCUGAGCACAGGCCUCUCCGAGUGCGCAGGGGUUUUUCUGGAGGCAGUUGUGUUUAAUUUCUGACUGAAUUUGUGCUCAUCGUUUUUACUUCAUGUUUUCUCCUCCUUUUUUUUGUACUUUUUCUCCUCUUUCCUGUGUUUGGUUCAGACGGAUGUUAUGUUCAGGGCUCAGCUGUCUACAGUACGCGUUGCCAAUGGCCUUAACUAUCACAACAGGACUGUACCGUCCAUUUCUGGCACCUCUGUUCUCACUCUGCUGGUGUCAGGAAACAUUUCAGAAAAGCUUCUUCUGGAUGUUGAGUGUUUAUAUUUAUAGUCAUAAAAUCUAGUAAAUGCCAAUAUUUUACAGAAUGUUAUGAGAUAAGGUUGUAUGCUCUUAUUAGUAUUAUUUUAUACCCAUUCUUCCUCGAUGAUGUUGGAAAGACCCAAGCUACUGUCACACUAUUUUGUGGUCACAUGGAGUUAAGUCACAAACAAGGAAAGCAACACUGAAUAAAAAUGAUUUGGAAGAA